AUGUCUCAGCAUGGAGACGAGCGCGGCUGCAAUUCCCGCUCUGUGAGAGCAAAGAAGCAGCGCGGCGCGGUUCCCCGCCUUUGGGAGCAGCAGCCAGCAGGCUGCCAGAGAUCCCACGGCGCCUGGCAGCGCACAGAGGGACGCGAUGGGCACGGGCCGUCCUCACUGCCACGCAAAAGGACGGAGCCUGCGCGUCCGUGGGAUGGUGCUGGGCACGGGGGGAAACGGAAAGCCUCCCCAGAUGCUGAUGCAAGCAGCCUUCCAGCAAAGCGCAGCCUUGCAGAAAGGCAAGGCAGAAGCACCGAGUGUGGCACAGCACCCAAGAGAGACAGAGGUGCUGAGUCCAACGGAAAGAUCGACCCGAAAGCGGUGCAGGAAGGGCUUUCUGGGAGAGCUUGUCUUCAGGCUGGGGGGCUUCCUACAUCAGCAGGUCCCAGCUCAGGGGGAAGACCUGCCCCUGCCGUGUGCCCCCGCUCUGUCUCCAAGUCCCUGGCUGCAGGUAAACGCAAGGGCCUGGAGGAAGAGCAGCAAACAUCAGCGCUGCUGCCUGCCUGCAAAAGAGCCAGAGGUCAGAGCGGAGGCAGCGUGCCGGCUCCAGCAGCACAGCCUGGGCCUGCUGCAGCACGGAGCUCCAAGCUGCGAGCAAGAAGACGACGACAGAAAGAGAGGAGAAGGGAAUUGAAGAAGGCUUCCCUCAGAGCUGCAGCUGCACAUACAGAGUGCUCCACAAUGAACAGCCUGGUGGAGAUGAUGCAGCAGCUGCAGCUGAGGGACUGAGAGGAGCAGCAUCAGCCGGCAGCGCUGCGGCGCGCGGCGUUACAGGGCAGCGCUGCGAGUGCCGCCCAACUCCAACUCAACUUUGGUUGUGCUCAAUAAAAACAUCACCAGUAGAGAUGGACACAGAGCGCACGGCCCGAUUUGUGCAGCGGCAGCCAGGAGCUGCUGCUCCAACGACUUCCUGGCGCACUCACACAACCCUGUGCACUC